ACACACACACACACACACACACACACACAGACUCGCUCUAUGUAACCCGCGCACGCAAGAGCAGACUAUCACAUUCUGAGCCCACAGUUGAGAGAGGCCCAGGUUUGCGCGCGCCCAUUCAGUCUGCCCCACUAGGCCUAGAUCUAGUAGAAUGUCAUCAAUCGUCAACCAGCGGGGGAACACAAGCCGCGCCGCAGCACACGUCACGCGGGCGGGCAUUGAGGUUGGAAUGAGGGGGCUAGUGUGUGUAGCCAAGUUCGUUCGUAGUUUCGUAGCACAGUAGACUUGAGUAGACCCAGGUUUUCGAAGAAAGGGUUAAAGCGGCUGGUUGCCUCAAAAUGGGUGUAAAACGAAUACAACGAGGAUUGUAUUUACUGAUUAUCUAUGGACUGGCAUUUGCAACAGCAUUUCUGACCAUCGUGCGUGUUGGUGUUUUGCUUGUGACUAAAGGUCCAAGAAAAAUGCUUCAUAAAAAGAGGAGGGAAACAGAACCACUUUGCUUUUCAGAUCCCACCUUUGGAACUCAUGGCUAUCUUCACCUUGAGGAGGUUCGACUUCAUUAUGUUAGCAGUGGCUCUCCUGACAAACCUUUGAUGCUCCUUGUCCAUGGUGUGCUUGAGAACUGGUACUCUUACAGAUAUCAGCUGAGAGAAUUUUCAGACAAAUACAGGGUAGUGGCUAUAGAUCAAAGAGGUUGUGGCGACUCAAGCAGACCGUCAGGUAUCAAAGAAUACCAGCUGGAGAGAAUGGUUAAAGAUGUCAAACAGAUUAUCACAGCUCUUGGAUACAGCAAGUGUGUACUGAUAGGCCAUGACUGGGGAGGAGCUGUCACCUGGGCCUUUGCUGGCUGUUAUCCUGAUAUGGUUGAGAAGAUAGUCGUUUGCAACUCUCCUCAUUUCCAUUGUUUCAGGAAUUAUGUUCGCACACACUGGGCUCAGUUUAAAAAAUCCUGGUAUUUUUUCUUCUUUUUGCUGCCAAUCUUACCAGAAAUUUACAUCGGUUUAAAUGACUAUGGGUUCUUGGACCGUAUCUUCCUUGGUAAAACUGCAGGGGUUCAUACAGGAGCCAUGACACAAGAGUAUGUUGAUGCCGUCAAGUAUAUAUUUCCAAACAUAAGCUCAAUGACGCCAUCAAUCAACUACAUCAGAGCCAAUCUCUUGCAUCCUCCUUCAUCUAGAUAUGGCCAAAAAGUUACCAAGCCUGUGCUGCUGAUUUGGGGUUGUCGUGAUUUUUCCUUGGAAAAUGGGCUCGCAGAAAAGACUAAAGAUUUUGCUUACAAUAUGGACAUUAAGUACAUCAAAGAUGCAUGUCACUUUGUCCAUAUGGAUGAACCCGAAAAAGUAAAUUCUUACAUUAGAGAGUUUUUGUCAAAACAGUCACGAUAGAUAUUGCCAAAUAUUGGGACUAAAUAUUGAGCAAAAUCUGUCCUGUCUUGUGUUGGGAACAGAUCAUUUACUGGUGCUGCUUGUCGUAGUAUACAUUAUUUUAUAAACUUUUUUGUGUUGAUCAUAAAAUUUUUAUUUUUUUUGUGUUUGAUAUGUCAGGGCAAUCUUUUUUUCCCCAUGUUUUAAACACUUUCAAUUGAAUUUACAGGAGACCAAGUUUUGUUUUGCUUCAGAAAUUCUAUCAGUAUUGAUGAUCCUAACGAUGCCAUUUUUGAGGUUUUGGCAGUGUGAGAUGUGUACCGUACUGAUUUUGUUUUUUCAUCCAACCUCAGGAACUUGUCUGUUUUUUAAAAAUCAUUUGGAUGUAACAAUUACAAUCUAGCAUGCACAUAACGAAAUCAAGUGGAUGUGGAAAUCUUUUUUUUAUGUACGAAUUUUGCUUUGUGUGUGUGUUUCAAAUAGAAAGAUUGUACUUGUAAGAAGACAUUCAGGAUGUUCAUGUUCAAAUCUGUUCAUGUUUCACUGUGUGCAUGUUCGCUAUGUGUGUGCUUGACUAUACAGUCAAACCUGUUUAAAACUACCACCCAUUGUCAAGGAGAAAAGUGGCCGUAUAACACAGGUGGCCAUCUUGGGCAGGACUGGUCAAAGUGAAGAAAGCAAAUCAUUCUCUUCUGAUGUCCAAACAGGGGCUGAUCUCAGACUUUAGACGCCGUAAGGCUAAUUCAAAAGGGUUUUUGUUUCCUUUUGAGAAAGGGGGGUAGGUGGUGUAAGAAGGGUUUCUUUUGGUUGGUUUGUUUUUUAGCAAUCUUUCUUUUUGUUGCUUAUUUUGUGCAAGAGUAAAAAUGAACUAAAUAUUAUGUAAGUAAGACGAUGAAGACCGAGUACCAUGGUAAAACAAACCCACGGGUCAGCACCACUCGGAAAAGGAGCGACUCUUCUGUCUCAAGUUCACGUCAACGUCCAUUGUUACUUUGUUACAGAUUAGGUAAACAAAACAGUGACCAGUCACCUCACUUACGAUAUGUGCAUGAGUUGUGGGCAGGGCUUAUAGGUUAUGACUGAUCAUGCUUCCCUCACAAGCAGUUGAAAAUUCAUUGUUGGGCCUACCCAUUGGUCAACUUGGGUAAACAUUCACUGGAGGGACUAACAAUAACGACAGGUGAAUGAAUUAUGAUUGCCCGUCCACAGCGCGAGGGGCCGAUUAAAAAUUUAUGACAAAGCGUCGGGCAAUGAGUGACCCCGCUUGGCCGCCUGAGGCAGAAAAAUUUGACAGUGGGUUGAUAAAAUAAGGUGGCCGUGGCCGCAUUGGACAGGUGACUGUUUUACACUGUUAAAUUAUAUAGAAAAAACGCUAGGGGGAAAAUGGAAAGUGACUGUUUGUACAGGUGGUCGUAUUAUACAGGUGGCCGUCAUGGCAGGUUCGACUGUACUUGGAGCAUUGGGGGCGGGGGAGAAUGAAGAAGGAAACCUUUUGGACCCCUCAACUCUUGAUGUUCUGUUCUGGCACCUGUGGUGUAGCAGAACAGUUAGGCUCUUUGCUGUUCAUAUAUAUGCAGGUUUGUUGCUUCCCAUUUGGAAAUGUCUAUUUUAUAUAGUAUCCAUGUCUUUCUAUUGGGAUUCUAUCCCAUUAAGUCUGGGUUAGACCAGGAUUAAUGCUGCCUGUCUCCUAAGUUAUCUGAAUUGCAUAAAGGAGGGUGCAAAACUUUAUUUAAAGUUAAACUUUUGCAUAUGAGGUCGGGAAAUGCUUCACAUUGUUUGAAAGACCUUAUGACAUAUGUUACAUUAAUAUAAAAAAUAUAAGUGUUUAAUUUUAAUGAAGUGCAGUAGUUAGCAUCUGUAAUUUUGUGUGUGUUUGGGGGGGGGGGGGGGAAUGGAUGUUGUAAAGUUAUUACAUCUCUCUCCUAGGAAAGUCAUUGUGCAUCUAUGAUUUGUACAUGAUAACUUCAAAAGUUGGUUCUUUGUGAUCAGGCAAGGCAUUAAUAUAUACAUAAAUACUCACAUGCUAAAUAUGAUUGAGAACUUAAACCGAUGUUGAUGUAAAGAAUGUCUACUCAUCAGUUACUUUUGUUCGGUUUCAUGUAAAGUGCCAUACAUGUAUUGUGAAGUUUUGCUUUUUGGUACCUCUCUUUUUAUUACCUCUACCACAUUCCAUGACCCUCUUUGUAUUUUGAUAAGUCUGAAGAAUAAAUACUACUUAAGUCUAA